AUGCCGAGCGCUGCGGUCGAGACCUCCACAAGUAUGCUUCAAGCACACAUCCUCUUCCUCAAAUGCUGCAUGUACACACAGACGCGUAUUGAUGACAUGAUUUGCAGCUCCGAAAUUCAUUCACUUAAACACACGCUGAGCAGGUUCCAGAUCCUCCACGAGGAUCAGUCCCGUUCUAAACUGAAAAACCGAAAUGCUCAGGGCCGCCUGGACUGCAUCUCAAACUCUGCCUGGGUGACGUGGGACGUCUCAGAAGGAGCCCUCGGCUACGAUGUGAUGGCCCGAGAGGUCGGAGGUCACAACACCAGCUGCACAACCACCUCUUCUCCCUGUAAUAUCCCAGAUCUGAAAUGUGGGACCCAUUACGACUUCCAUGUCACUGCUGUCAACAAACACUGCCGCAGUAAUCACAGCACCUUUGAGCUUGAGACAGGUCCUUGUGCUCUCACAUCCAUUACUGCAGUGACACAAUGCAACAGCGACACAAUCCUGGCUGAAUGGGAGAUGAAGGAGAACACUCCGCUCUACCUGGUGACCGCCGAGGGCCACGACCAAACCCUCAUUUCCUGUAACAGCUCCUCCAACUCCUGCGUUCUCCCGGAUAUCAGCUGUGGCAUGCAUUACAGCAUCAUAGUAUCGACGUCUUCUGAUAAGUGCAGCAGCCUCAGAAGCCCACCGAAGAAGAUCAAAACUGCUCCCUGUGUCCCAGACAAUGUGACAGUGGAGGCAACAUGCGAGGAGAAUGGGGCCGCGGUGACGUGGGGCCGCUCCCCGGUGGCCACAUCCUACCAACUGACAGCGACAGGGAAGGAUGGACAUGUAGCGAGCUGCAACUCCUCAGUAAACAACUGCACCCUGGGGGAUCUGCACUGCGGGCAGACGUACAACUUAAGCAUCACCGCCAGUGGAGACAACUGCACCAGCAAGCCCAAUACUUCAUCCUUCAGAACAGUGCCCUGUGAGCCCUCUGGUCUCGCAGUGGAUAUUGAUUGUGAGACCCACUCUGCCAUGCUGUCUUGGGGUGCCAGUGAGGGCGCCGUGGAGUAUUUUGGCUGCGCCCGAUCUACGGAUGGGGACGCGCUCUACUGCGACAGCACAGUCACCUCCUGCAAAAUCGAAGGCCUGGGAUGUGGUGACAUUUACAAUUUCUCUGUCGAAGCCUCAAACGGUGUCUGCAACAGCUCGUUUAGUGCACCACUGUGGGCGGGAGCAGCCCCAUGCGCUCCGACUGUUCUUAAUGUCCGAAUGCAAAGGAUAGGCCAAGCUCACUGGGCCAUGAUGUCAUGGGACAAUGUCAAUUGUUCUGAUGUUGAGUACCUAAUGGAGACAACCGGUCGGAUCCAAAACAACCCACAGACCCUGAUGCAGGUCUCUUCUUACUGGUUGCCCAGGGCCUACUUUGAGUUCCCAAUACCUUGCAGCACAGCUUAUAACUUCACUGUACGCUCCAGAAACUCAGCCGGCGCCAGCGAGCCAUCCGGUGCUUUUACUGGAGUCACAGUGCCGUGUGCGCCACAGCAUGUGAAAUACACUGGUGACAGCGUGUCUGCUGUGCUUUCCUGGGAUGCAUCAGUGUUCGCUGUAAGGUACGCCGUCUACAACGUGUCCGGGGAAGCCCGUGUCGAGCUUUGCAACACCACCGGACUCUCCUGCCAGAUGACCAGCUUUGACCCUAACGCCACUGAAGUGACAGCCAGCAAUGCAGAGGGAGAAAGCAUCCCUAACCGAGAUAUAACAGGUCCAGUAGGAGCUCGCAGAAGAAGAGAUUUGCAGGCCAGUGGAAUCUAUGCCCACUCGGAUAACAAUCUGGAAAUCCCAAAAGUGCUGAAUGUAACAGUAAGUGGAGUUUCCUUGUAUGUGAAGUGGAUGACGGUGAAGAAUGCCACUGAGUACACGGUCGUAAUUGUGGAGAAGCAGCAGACCAACCAGCCACCAAGAAUGAGAACCGUGGAAGGUCAUUUCUUCAAUGAGACUGACCUCAAGCCGUGGACCACCUACUGCUUCAGGCUGGCAGCCCAAAAUACCAUCAGCCAAAGCACCUACUCCAGGCCAAUGUGUAGAAUCACUGGGGCCUCCCAAUGA